AUGACUCCCAAAGGGUCGAAACGAAGCGCCCCUAAGGACGACGAUUUCGUUCUAACACUGUCCGACGAUGAAGACAUUCCCCGAUUCGACGACGAGAGUGACGAGCUUGCCGAAGAGCUCCCCAGCACCGAUUCGAAAAAGCGCAAACGUGAGGCCAAUUCUUCCGAAAUCAAGAAUAAGAAGCAGAAGAACGUGAAGGUGAAGGGACCAAAAGGCAAAGUCCAAGCCAAGGUCGAGGACUCUGAAGAAGAGCAAGAUGUCGAAGAGGAGGAUAUUCCGGGGGCUGAAGACGAUGCGCUCAAUUCAGAUUUCGAAUUUGACGUUGGUGGUGUGGCCAAUCAGGGUGUCACCGAGGGCUUUGACGGCUGGGGCUUGGAAGAUUCGAAGCAGAACGGCAAAGGAGACAAAAAGGCCGUGGACAUUGACGAUAUCAUCUCUCGGAGGAGGGAGAAGCAGGAAGCUGCGAAUCAAAAGAAGCAGAAGAAGCAGGCUCAGAAAGAUGGCGACAGCGCUAGCGGCUCAGAUGAGGAAGACCCUUCAGGCAAUGAGGCCAUGGACGUGGACUUUGAAGACGACGAACUUGUUGCCGAGGACGCAUUCGGCAUGGGAGCAGACGGGGAGGAUGAGAGUGAGGCCGAAGGCCCUGAGCCCGGGUCCGGGCCAGAGGACAGCGACAGCGAAGGAGAUGACGAAAUUGACGAUGAUGAUGAUGCCGCAUCCGACAAUGACUCCGUCGCCACCCCCGUUCAGCAUCCUGACGAUGUCGGCUCUGACCGUGAGUCUGACAUUGAGAGCGAGGUAGACGAAGAGGAGGCUGAGAAGCGCAAGGCUUUCUUCGCGCCUGAGGAGAACGCCGACAACAAAACUGCUACGGCGAACAGCUCAUUCCAAGACUUCAACCUAUCGCGUCCCAUCUUGCGUGGAUUAGCCGCCGUCGGCUUCACAGAUCCCACACCAAUUCAGCGUAAGGCUAUCCCAGUCGCUCUUCUGGGCAAAGACAUUGUCGGAAGUGCCGUGACCGGUUCCGGUAAGACCGGCGCCUUCAUCGUUCCCAUUCUCGAGCGUCUUCUUUUCCGUCCUCGCAAAACUCCGACCAGCCGUGUCGCCAUCCUCAUGCCCACUCGUGAAUUGGCGGUUCAGUGUUACAACGUCGCAGUCAAGCUCGCAACCUACACGGAUGUGACAUUUUGUCAGCUUGUCGGUGGUUUUAGUCUCCGUGAACAAGAGAAUGUCUUGAAGAAGCGCCCUGAUGUGAUCAUUGCGACUCCGGGUCGUUUCAUCGAUCACAUGCGCAACUCACCGAGCUUCACGGUGGACACGUUAGAAAUUCUCGUUCUGGAUGAAGCCGAUCGAAUGCUCGAAGAUGGAUUUGCGGAUGAGUUGAAUGAAAUUUUGACUACGAUCCCCAAGUCGCGUCAAACCAUGCUGUUCUCUGCUACGAUGACUGAUACCGUCGACAAGCUGAUUCGUGUCGGCCUCAACCGGCCCGUGCGACUUAUGGUUGAUGCGAAGAAGAAGACCGCCGUCACUCUGACUCAAGAGUUUGUCCGUCUGCGACCUGGUCGCGAGGAUAAGCGCCUGGGUUACCUUCUAUAUCUUUGCAAAGAGAUUUACCAACAGCGAGUGAUUAUUUUCUUCCGUCAGAAGAAGGAAGCGCAUCGAGUCCGUGUCAUUUUCGGUCUACUUGGAUUGAGGGCCGCGGAGCUCCAUGGUGGUUUGAGCCAGGAACAGCGUAUCAAAUCCGUUGAGAACUUCCGUGACGGCAAGGUUUCCUUCCUCCUAGCCACCGACGUCGCCUCUCGUGGUCUGGAUAUCAAGGGCGUCGAGACCGUCAUCAACUACGAAGCGCCACAAAGUCACGAGAUCUACUUGCAUCGUGUUGGUCGUACCGCCCGUGCCGGUCGCUCUGGAAGUGCUUGCACAAUUGCUGCCGAGCCUGAUCGUAAAGUGGUCAAAAUGGCCGUCAAGUCAGGAAAGGCUCAGGGUGCUAAGAUCGUCAGUCGGGUUGUCGAAAUGGCCGUUGCUGAUGAAUGGGCGCAAAGGGCUGAUGAUCUUGCCGACGAGGUGCAAGAGGUCCUUGAAGAAGAGAAGACCGAGAAGCAAUUGGCACAGGCGGAGAUGCAGUUCAACAAGAGCGAGAAUUUGAUGAAGCACGGCCAGGAGAUCAUGUCUCGUCCCAAACGAACUUGGUUUGAGACGGAGACGCAAAAACGGGCCGCCCGUAAGCUGGGCCGGACCGAGCUUAAUGGCCCGGACAGCAAUUCCAAGAAGGACAAAGUCAAGCUGAGUAACAAGGAUCGAAAGCGACUCGAUGAUGCCAAGCUGAGACAAGAGGGAAUGAUUGGGAAGAAAAAGAGCAAAUCGGAGCGCGAUGCCCCCAAAACGAAAGGCAAGGAUAAGAAGAAGAAGGGGAAGAAAUAG